AUGACUGACUUCACAGAGGCAAAUCGGACUUAUUUCGACAAAAUGGCAACGGCCUACAAGGAUAAAUUUGCCGAAACCAUGAAGAUGUUCUCGGACCAGACACUGAAACACCGGUCUUGGAUUAGUGACCGAUGGACAGACACGGAAGCGGGGAAGGGCCAAGAGAUCAAGAUGCUCGAAUAUGCCUGCGGACCAGGAGUUAUCUCGAUGACGCUGGCGCCUUUCCUGACCCAAAUCGUUGGCAUCGAUGUCUCCGAGAAGAUGAUAGACGAGUUCAACAGGAAUGCCAAGGCGGUUGACAUGGCCUCCAAGAUGACGGGUUAUAAUGUUGACCUCCUUGCCGAGACCGUUGCAACCGAAUUCUCCGGACCAGAGUUCAACGAAUUCGACGUGUUGACGAUUAGCAUGGCAUUGCACCACUUCGAGGACCCGGAUAUGGCGCUGCAGAAGCUGGCAAAGCGACUGAAGAAUGGUGGCGUGUGCUACAUUAUUGAUCUCGUCCCAGAACCCGGCUCUGUCCAUGACCAUGGGCAUGGGCAUGGCCACGGCCACGGCCACGGUCACGAUCACGAUGAGCAUGCAAAGCAUCAGCAUGAAUUCGGAGACGCCGCUCAUACCGUCAAGACACAUGGCUUCUCCAAGGAGCACAUGCAAAAAUUGUUCCAGGGCGCUGGAUUGACUGUCAAAUUUGACUAUGAGGUGCUGUCCGAGCCACUUGUGUUUACUAGGGAGGAGAAGAGGGUGGAGAAGACUGCCUUCAUUGCUCGUGCCCAGCUUGCAUGA